GCGCGGCGGGCGGGCCGCGGCAGGGAGUGGCUGCCGGACCGACCGGACCGCGAGGCCGCUGGGCGGCGGUCGGCUCCUGCUGCCCUUGUCCCGAGACCCCGCGCACCUGGCCAGGGUUCACCGCCGCACGCCCUGACCCCAGAGCGUCCUCCUCCCUGUCACUUAGAAAGUCCCCGCCUGCGCUGGGAAAGACUAGCAGAUGAAGGCCCCUGGUUAGGCAGCCCACUAGUGUCCUGAGAGCCCUGGAGGCUCGGUCAGAGGUCCCUGGCCCCGAAAUGGCCCGUCGCUCCCAGAGCUCCUCACAGGGGGACAACCCUCUGGCCCCCGGGUACCUGCCACCUCACUACAAAGAGUACUACCGCCUGGCAGUGGACGCACUGGCCGAGGGCGGCCCAGAGGCCUACAGCCGCUUCCUGGCGGCCGAGGGGGCCCCUGCCUUCUUGUGCCCUGAGGAGCUGGAGCACGUGAGCCGCCACCUUCGGCCCCCGCAGCAUGUAGCCCUGGAGCCCCCCGAAGGCAGCCCGCCCAACGUGGACUUCGAUGGCUCCUCUGGCACCUACUGGCCUGUAAACUCGGACCAGGCCGUGCCUGAACUCGACCUGGGCUGGCCCCUGACCUUCGGCUUCCAGGGCACCGAGGUCACCACACUGGUGCAGCCGCCGCCACCCGACAGCCCCAGCAUCAAGGACGAGGCUAGAAGGAUGAUCCGCUCCGCCCAGCAGGUGGUGGCCGUGGUGAUGGACAUGUUCACCGACGUGGACCUUCUUGGUGAAGUGCUGGAGGCCGCCGCGCGCCGAGUCCCCGUCUACAUCCUCCUAGACGAGAUGAACGCGCAGCACUUCCUGGACAUGGCCGACAAGUGCCGCGUCAACCUGCACCACGUGGAUUUCCUGCGCGUGCGCACUGUGGCGGGCCCCACCUACUACUGCCGCACUGGGAAGUCCUUCAAGGGCCACGUGAAGGAGAAGUUCCUCCUGGUGGACUGUGCCGUGGUGAUGAGUGGGAGCUACAGCUUUAUGUGGUCCUUCGAGAAGAUCCACCGGAGCCUGGCCCACGUGUUCCAGGGCGAGCUGGUCUCCAGUUUCGAUGAGGAAUUCCGCAUCCUCUUCGCACAAUCCGAGCCACUGGUACCCUCCGCCGGGGCUCUGGCCCGCAUGGACGCCUACGCGCUGGCUCCAUACGCGGGGGCUGGGCCCCUCACGGGCGGCCAGAUGCCCGGAGCGCCGACCCCUUUCUCCUUCCCCAAACGAGCCCACCUCCUGUUCCCACCGCCUCGGGAGGAAGGCCUGGGCUUCCCCUCCUUCCUCGACCCCGACCGCCACUUCCUGUCAGCCUUCCGCCGAGAGGAGGCCCCGCGGAUGCCCGGCGGCGCCCUGGAGCCGCACUUGGGGCUGCGGCCGCUGUCGCGGCGUCUGGACGAGGCGGGACCAGGCGGGGAGCUGGCGGGCCCGCGGGGCUUCUUUCAGGCACGGCACCUGGAGAUGGACGCCUUCAAGAGGCACAGCUACGCGGCGGCCGACGGCACGGGCGCCGUGGAGAACUUCGCCUCCGCGCGGCAGGUGUCUAGGCAGACGUUCCUCAGCCACGGCGACGACUUCCGCUUCCAGACCAGCCACUUCCACCGCGACCAGCUCUACCAGCAGCACUACCAGUGGGACCCGCAGCUCGCCCCGGCGCGCCCGCAGGGCCUGUUCGAGAAGCUGCGCGCCGGCCGCCCCGGCUUCGCCGACCAUGACGACUUUGCCCUGGGCGCCGGGCCACGCUUCCCGGAGCUCGGCCACGAAGGCCACCAGCGGCUGGACUACGUGCCGUCCAGUGCGUCACGGGAGGUGCGCCACGGCUCGGACCCCGCCUUCGGGCCUGGGGCCCGUGCCCUGGAAGCCGGCGGGGCCUCCCGCCCUAACCUGGGCCAGCGCUUCCCUUGCCAGGCGGUGACGAGGCCAAGCCCAGAGACUGCGCCCGAGGCGGAGCCGGAGCGCAGGGGCGGCCCGGAGGGGCGCGCGGGACUGCGGCACUGGCGCCUGGCCUCCUACCUGAGCGGCUGCCACGGUGAGGACGCUGGCGAGGAGGGCCUGCCUGCGCCCAUGGAGGCGGAGGCCUAUGAAGACGACGUCCUGGUUUCUGGAGGCCGGGCGGCCGCCGGGGACCUGCUUCCCUCGGCCUUCCGUGUGUCAGGGUCCUUCCCAGCCAAGGGCCCGGUGCCAGGCUGCAGCAGCAGUGGUGGCGAGGGCCUGGAGCGUGAGGGCCCAGAGGAGGCAGGCCUGGCCAAGCAGGACUCUUUCCGCUCACGCCUGAACCCGCUGAUCCAGCGCAGCUCGAGGCUGCGCUCGUCACUCAUCUUCAGCACGUCGCAGGCGGAGGGCGCGGGCGGGGCCCCUGCAGCCACCACUGAGAAGGUGCAGCUGCUGCACAAGGAGCAGGCGGUCAGCGAGAUGCUGGGAUCCGGCGGCGAGGCUGUGCGCUCCGCUGCCUCCACCAAGGUGGCCGAGCUCCUGGAGAAGUACAAGAGCCCGCCUCAAGACCCCGGAGGCACGGGGGCCGCAGUCACGGUCACCAGCCACAGCAAGGCUGUCCUGUCGCAGGCUUGGCGGGAGGAGGUGUCGGCGCCCGGGGGUCCAGGGACCGAGCGCCGCAGCCUUGAAAGCUGCCUGCUGGACCUGCGCGACUCCUUUGCACAGCGGCUGCACCAGGAGGCUGAGCGGCAGCCUGGAGCUGCCACUCUCACUGCCACUCAGCUGCUCGACACGCUGGGCCGGGGUGGCGGCGGCACUGACCGGCUGCCCUCCCGCUUCCUCUCGGCGCAAGGGCGGGACAGCCCCCCACUGGAGGGGCCUGGGGCACACCAGGCCCCCCACUCUGAGCCAAAAGGGAGCUCCACCUCAGCCUACCCGGAGCGGAAGGAGAGUCCCACGCCUGGGCUUCCCACCCGCAGAGGCAGCCCCACCACAGGAUUUACUGAGCAGAAAGGGAGCCCCACCUCUGCCUACCCUGAGCGCAGGGGCAGCCCGGUGCCGCCUGUCCCCGAGCGCAGGGGCAGCCCGGUGCCUCCCGUGCCCGAGCGCAGGGGCAGCCCAGUGCCUCCCGCCCCGGAGCGUCGGGGCAGCCUCACUCUUCCCUUCUCUGGGGAGUCUCCAAAGACCGGGCCCACAGAGGAGGCGGCUGGUGGCCCCAUGGAAGUCCUGCGCAAGGGCUCUGUGCGGCUGAGGCAGCUGCUGAGCCCCAAGGGCGAGCGGCGUGCCGAGGCCGAGGGCAGCUUCCCAGCCCCGCAGGAGAACGGGCAGCCUGAGAGCCCCCGGCGCCCUUCUCUAGGCCGGGGCGACAGCGCGGAGGCUGCCGCGGGAGAUGAGCGGGGCCCGAGGGCGCGUGUGGCCUCGGCCACCGCCAAUGCCUUGUACAGCAGCAACCUGCGGGAUGACACGAAAGCCAUUCUGGAGCAGAUCAGCGCGCACGGCCAGAAGCACCGGGGCGGCCCCGCGCCGGCCCCGACCCCGGCCCGCGGCAGCCCUGAGCUCGCUCACCCCCCCGCCGCCGGCGGCCUGGCCCCCGACAUGUCCGACAAGGACAAGUGUUCGGCCAUCUUCCGCUCCGACAGCCUGGGGACCCAGGGCCGGCUGAGCCGCACGCUGCCCGCCAGCGCCGAGGAGCGCGACCGGCUGCUGCGCCGCAUGGAGAGCAUGCGCAAGGAGAAGCGCGUCUACAGCCGCUUCGAGGUCUUCUGCAAAAAGGAGGAGCCCGGGGGCCCGGGGGCCGGGGGGAGCCCGGCGGAGGAGGACGCCAGGGACAGCAAGGUGGGCAAGUUCAUGCCCAAGAUCCUGGGCACCUUCAAGAGCAAGAAAUGAGUCUCCCAGGGCAGGGUGCCCGCGUUCUGGCCCCCUGGCGGGCGGAAGACCUGGCCCUGAUCCGGAGCACCUGGAACCCGGCUGUCCGGGAGGCUCACCCGCUGGUGGUCCUCCCUGCCCCUCGGCCUCUGCCCUCGGGCCUCCGUCCUCCAGGUCUGGCUCCUCUCCCCCACACCGGCGUCUCUGGACCCUCAGCCUCUUGCUUCUUACACAUCUGUCUCCGUUGUUUGGACUUCAGGGACCUGUUUCUCUGUGCCUCAGUCCCCGUAUUUUGGGGUGCCCAUCUCUGUGCCUCAGUCCCCGUAUUUUGGGGGUCACCUCUGUGCCUCAGCCCCCGUAUUUUGGGGGUCACCUCUGUGCCUCAGUCCCCGUAUUUUGGGGGUCACCUCUGUGCCUCAGUCCCCGUAUUUUGGGGGUCACCUCUGUGCCUCAGCCCCCAUAUUUUGGGCACCAUCUCUCUGCCCCAGUCCCCCAUUCUCUGGGGGUCCUCGUAUCUCAGGGCUCGCCUCUGCUCACGGCUCCUGGCUGUGCUGCUCUCACCCUGCUGUCUCCGCUCUGCCUGGCAGCCCAGGACCCCACAGGACUCCCCCCCACCACCACCUCCACCUCAGGUCUCUAGGGACUCGCUUCCUGCCUUGCCCCUCCUCACGGCCUCCAUCCCUGCCGCCUGGGACCUUUCUUGGUGGCCCGUCCUUUCACUGUUGGGGAGGGGGGAGUGUAUGGCCACUGAGGGUCCUUGAGGGGCUGCCUUGUUGAGAACAGAGACGCGUGGCCGGCACCGAGCGAGGAGUGCGCACCAGGCUUUGCAGUAGUAAGUCAGGUGGAUGGUGUGAGGUCCCGGCCUCAUGAAGGGUCCCUGACAGAUGCAUGUUCACAAGUGCCAUCCUCAGCCACGCCCCUGACGGGGGCUGGAGGCGGAGCUCUUGUUCUGUGGCACCUGAGCCCCAACCCACUACUCAGAGGGGCCCUGAUGCCCAUGAGGUGGGCAUGGUCCUUGCCCUGCAGAUGCCCAGCAAACCCCGACUGCACCCUCUUCUGCAGCCUUUCCCCUUUGUCACCAAUCCCAGCAUCUGUCCAGGGUGCCCCCACUUAGCUUUCUUGUAUCUUGUUUUAGCUCCAGAUAGUAACUUUGAUCUGGAUGACACACUUUGGCACCAAAUGCUCAGACAGUUCCCACUGUAGGUGCUAGUAUUGUUAAAUUAAUGUUUGUGCAAUUUUUUUUUUUAACGGCCGCCCCCCCGGGCCAAGUUCCCAGGCCAGGGAUCGAAUCCCAGCUACAGAUGAGAUCUGCACUGCAGCUGCGCCAACACUGGCUACUGAGCCAGGCCAAGGAUUGAACCCAUGGCUCCCCGGCAGCCUGAGCUGCUGCAGUAGGACUCUUAACCCACUGUGCCACAGCAGGAACU